UCUGCCCGCUCUGGACCGGACGAGGUCUCCGCAGGGUGGAAAGGGAAGAGCGGCGAGGAGGUGAAGACGCGUUGGUACACAUGGGUGGCUCCGGGACGUCAGGUUGGAAUGCGCCCUCGGGCCUGGGACGCGCGGCUGGAGCAGACACCCGGGCCGGGACGCGCGGCCCAGCGUCGGGAAGCUGGGAAGGCCCUUCCCGGAGCUGGCCGGGGCUGCCCGGCGUCCGAAGGCGCGGCAAGGAAGGAGGGCGCGAUCCCUCCCGGGAGCGCCUUUGUUCGGUCCGGCCUGUCUGCGCUGGCGCCGGCGGCCUUGACCCCCGGCCCAGCCGCCGCCUUGGUGCGGCAGGUCCAAAUUCCAGGUUGCAGUGGAACAUUUACUGAUUUUUGGUUGGGGAUUUACACCUGAAACAUCUCUGAAGUCUCCCCAGCAUCCUACCCUCAGCUUCCUACACAAAAUUUAAAGAGCUUUCUGUGAAGAAAUACACUGUUGAGUAACUGAGGGGCAUAGCUCCCAGGCUGGGAAGUAUUUGAGGUCAAAGUUCAUGUUCACCAAAAGAAGUACAUGAGCUAGCUGCCCAAGGCCUCCCAUCAGACCUAAUGAAGGAUGCCAGUGUGGAAGGGUUUUGAUGUGUCAGUGUCCUCAUUCUAUAGUGUAUUUCAUUCUUUUGCAAUCCUAGAAAAAAUGGAAUUAUUUCACACAAUUGUGUGAAAUAUAAGUCUUUUUUUUCUAUUUUUAAUGUCCAACAUGGAUUAAGAUGGACAUUAAUUCUACAAAAUACCAAGUUCUAUGGUGUCAAAGCAGCAAGCACCCAUUUAAAACUGAUCCCUAAUAAAAACAGACCUGAGUGGACAUGAGAAUGUUUGUUAGUGGCAGAAGAGUAAAAAAAUGUCAGUUUAUUCAGUUAUUUGCCACUUGUUUUAUACUAAGCCUCAUGUUUUUUUGGGGACCGAUUGAUAAUCACAUCGUGAGCCAUAUGAAGUCCUACUCUUACAGAUACCUCAUAAAUAGCUAUGACUUUGUGAACGAUACCCUGUCUCUUAAGCACAGUUCAGAGAGGGCUCGCUACCCAUACUUGAUUAACCAUAAGGAGAAGUGUCAAGCUCAAGAGGUCCUCCUCUUACUGUUUAUAAAGACUGCUCCUGAAAACUACCAUCGCCGAUCUGCAAUUAGAAGAACAUGGGGCAGUGAGGAGUAUGUUCGAUCUCAACUUAAUGCCAACAUCAAAACUCUGUUUGCCUUAGGAACUCCUAAUCCCCUGAAGGGAGAAGAACUACAAAAAAAACUGGUUUGGGAAGAUCAAAUAUACAAUGACAUAAUUCAGCAAGACUUUGUCGAUUCUUUCUACAAUCUUACUCUUAAAUUACUUCUGCAGUUCAGUUGGGCAAAUACCUUUUGUCCACAUGCAAAAUUCCUGAUGACUGCUGAUGACGACAUAUUUAUUCACAUGCCAAAUCUCAUUGAAUACCUUCAAAGUUUAGAACAAAUUGGUGUCCAAGACUUUUGGAUUGGCCGUGUUCAUCGUGGUGCCCCUCCCAUUAGAGAUAAAAGCAGCAAAUACUACGUCUCUUAUGAAAUGUACCAGUGGCCGGCUUACCCUGACUAUACUGCUGGUGCUGCCUACAUCAUCUCCAGUGAUGUCGCUGCCAAGGUCUAUGAGGCAUCACAGACACUGAACUCUAGUCUCUACAUAGACGAUGUGUUCAUGGGUCUCUGCGCCAAUAAAAUGGGGAUAGUACCACAGUACCAUGUGUUUUUUUCUGGGGAAGGGAAAGCUCCUUAUCAUCCCUGCAUCUAUGAAAAAAUGAUGACAUCUCAUGGACACGUACAAGAUCUUCAGGACCUUUGGAAGGAUGCUACCGAUCCUAGAGUAAAAACUGCUUCAAAAGGGCUUUUGGGUCAAAUAUACUGCAGGUUAAUUAAGAUUUUCCUCCUUUGCAAAUUGACCUAUACGGACACGUAUCCUUGUAGGGCUGCUUUUGUCUAAUAGCACUUGAAUGUUUUCACUGUCACUGAGCCAAACCUGAAUGGAAAACCUUUAAAUGUCUGUCAAAAUGCCAAGUAAAUUGAAUAUGAAAGUCAAAGAAAUAUUUUGAAAGCCUAGUCGAUCAGAAUGUUUCUUUGAUUAUAGAAGCCAAUCAAUAUAGCUAAUCUGCUUCAUGGCCUAAAUUCAUUUCAAGGAGUUCAUAUUUAGAAAAGGGUUAUAUCAUGAAUAGAAACAAAAUGAAUGAGAAAUUCACUGUCUCAUUUAAUGCCACAUGUAUAUUGGAGGUGGAAGUUAUGAACCUUGGUGUUAGAAUUAAUGGCUUGUGGAAGGCACCAAGUGAAUGUACAGUGCAGCAUUUUAGAGAAGUUAAUUUGUUGUUAGACCAGGUAUUCUAUUUUAUUUCUAUUCCCUGCCCCACCACUUGGCAGAGGCGGUGGGGGGUAAGGUUUGGCACGGGAGAAAGUACAUGAAUCUGGCCAAAGGGUCCCUUGUUCUUAAGAGAUAUAAGAUGAUGUCUAUAAUUUUGUUAAAAACAAUGAAUCACCUAAUGAUAAUAUUAAUUUAGCUACUCACCUAGAUAGUGUUGGCAUCAUUUUAAAUAUAUCUUUUUCCUCAAAGUUUAAUGUGAACUUUGAGAAUCAGAGUCAUUAGCUCUGCCCUAACUGGCACUUCAUUUCUUUUUUCCGUUUCUCCUAAUAUUAGAAAAUGGCACCAAAACAUGAGCAAUUUAUUGGCCAUAGGAUGCUACUUUGGGGAGAAAUCAUUGUUAGUUCCAAUAAGCUGAUUUAAUGAAAUUUCAACUGGUAAUAGUCAGUAUUGUUUAAGGUAUUUAUUUGAAUGUUGUUUGCAUAGAAGAAUAUAUUACUGGAGGAGACCUCAAAAAGAAAAAUAGGGCUGGGGUGGAACUCAGUGGUAAAACUCUUAUAUCUCCCUGGGUUUGAUCCCCAGUACCGUAAAACAAAAAGAAAAAGAAAGUCUCCUUUCUCUCUGAUUUAUAAAAUAAAUCUUAGUUUCCAAAUCCUUGUACUGAUUAUUAAAAAUAACCCACCUCUUCCCAGCAAGCUUUCAGAAAUCACAGUUUUGUUCCAAUUCAGAGUUUUAAAUUGUGAGUACUAAACAUCAGAUCAAAGCUAUAGUAUCUAAAAUAAUCUACUUGAUCAAAUAACUAUCUGAGAUGAUCUUUUAAAUAUUUCAAACUUGAAAGCAGAGUGAAAGUGAUAGAGAGUUUGCCAGAAUGAGAUUGAAAAUGUUUGUAAAGCUCCAUGUUCCUUUGUGAUCAGAGAUGUGGCUAAGACCCAAUAAACUAAGUUACAUUUAUUUUACAAAGCAGGACAACACCAUGGCCAUGAUGCAAACGACCUCCCCUCACUAAAGAAUUAGGUGAUGUGUAUUAAUAGGGAGAUUAUAUGAAGCAAAAACAGUUGAACUGUUGAUAAAACCUUUGACUGCAGAGACACCUGAUGGGGUCAACUCAGGUGUCUCAUGGAAUAAGAUGAUUUUGGAAACAUGCAAAACAAAACUAAAAGAUUUCUCAGUAUACACAACUGGAUGAUAUUUAUCAUUUGUAGCAGGUAGAAUUUUAAUGUUUACAGAAACUUUUUGUUAAUUUUUUUCCCUAUUUUGAAAUUUGAGGCUUGUUUACAUUGCUUAGGUAAUUUAGUAUUUUUAAAAUAAUGUCAAAACUAGUUAUCAAACAUCGGAGGUUGUAGUUACUGUAUUUAGAGUAGACUCAGGGUUUUAGAUCAUUACAAUUUAAAUUUACUGACCAGUUUUAAAAACGGUAGAGAACAAAAAUACAUUUUGACGAGGCAGGUUUAUGAAUAAUUUUUAUUAGUUGAUUUCUUAAUAACUGUUUGCUUUUGGGCCAUAUAUACCCUGUGUGUCUCUCUAUACUAGGACCUAUUAAAAUUUGCCAUUGGUUGAAAACAUUAGCAUCUCUCUGGCCAUCGAAGCGAUCUUGUUUACAGCAAUAGUUUUGUGAAGCAGUUAUUUAUUUGUUGAAAGAGCUCUCUGGAACUGUGUUCAUCUUUUUAUUUUUGCUUAGAAGAGAAUGGAACAGGUUUAAAUCUAAAGGAAAUAUGAAGGCACUUUCUUUGUUUUAGAAGAAGGAAGCUGCCAGAUGAAUCCUUCAUCAGACUUUAAGUACUGAGAAGAAUAUUUGUAAAUAGAAGUGUCUUAACCUUUUAAAAAGGAAGAAAACAAAACAAAACAAUACAAAACUUCAUGGUGCUCCAAUGCAGGACUUUUUAAAAAAUGUCAACAAAGGGAAAAUAAACAAUUAGCCUGGAUGAUCACUUGAGUAAAAGACGUUUGUACACAGUGUUAUUAUUGUUAAAAACUUUUUACCUCUUGGUUGGUUUGCAUCUUUUUUCCAUAUUAUUAAUUUUAUACCAAAAUGUUAAAUAUUUAUAUUAUGAGUUUUGCUCUUAUAUAGCAAAAUAAUUAGUGGGUUUUAAAAAAAAUCUAAGAUUUCCAAUAAACAACUUAAAAAUUGU